GUUCCCAAACACUUUCCCUAGCCCAAGUCUCGCUGACCCUUCGUGCUCCAGCAAACGGCUUCUCUGCCAGCUGUCGGCCCCCCCUCAGGCUUCCACAGCCUUCAAACACACGACCCCGCCUUCGCGUCACGCUUCAAAGCGGCUGCCCCUCCGACCACCCCCGGUCCCUCGAAAUAUCACUCCCUCUCACCUCUACUGCUGCCUCUCACUGCACCCACGCGUCGAGCUACUCCUAGCACGUCCCCCACCCUCCAAUUCCUCUCCGCUAGCGCUGAACCUCCGCCAAGCCCCUCCCCACGUCGCAGCUCGCGUCCGCCCCAAGCCAUGGAGGAGCAAUUAGCCCAACUGCUCGCCGCCACCCAGUCUUCCUCAGAUGCUCCCCGCAAACAAGCCGAGCAGCAGCUUGCAUCGUCGUACGGUCAUGCAGAUUUCCCGCUUGGCCUCGUCGCCAUCGCGUCCCACGAGAGCGUGCCGCUAAAUAUCAGGCAAUCUGCCCUGCUGUAUCUCAAGACCUUUGUGCUGGCCGGCUGGAGUCCGCAGUUUGACGAGUUCAAAGGGCAGAUUCUGAUCUCAGACGAGAAUAAGGCAAGAAUACGGGAGGCUCUCCUGGAAAUCGCGACCCACAAUCACCUGGACCGCAAAGUCAAGACGGCUGCCAGCUAUGUCGUGAGCAAGAUUGCGAGCGUCGACUUCCCCGAGCAAUGGCCGGACUUGCUCUCGAAGUUGAUGCAUGUCAUUCCGAAUGGGACCGAUGGCCAGCUUCAUGGUGCGUUGAAGGUGCUGGACGAGCUUGUCGAUGAUGGCCUCAAUGAUGAGCAGUUCUUUGCAGUGGCGAGGGAUCUUGUGAAGGUCGUGUACGACGUGGCGGUCAAUGAUGCAAGAAAAGCCACGUUGAGGGCAUUGGCAGUCGGCGUUUUUAGGGGCUGCUUCGAUAUCCUCGAGAUGGUCAUGGAGGAUCACAAAGCCGCGGUUAAGGCCUUCGCCGACGAGGUUCUUAGCCAAUGGCUCCCGUUCUUCAUCAGCGUCAUGAAGAUGGGCUUGCCCAACCCACCGUCAAAGCAGGAGGAGAGCGAGGAUGCGCCAAAUGCAGAAACACACAGGGGAAUGGUCUCCCUGAAGCUCCAGGUCGUCAAGGUCCUCAUGCGGAUACGAUCCGUGUUUCCUGCUAUGCUCUCACCACAAAGCCCGGUCCUAUUCUCUGCCACUUGGGAAGAGCUUUCCUCGCUGCAAGCAGCAUAUCACCAGAUGUACAUAGAAGAGGACCGCGACAGCAGAUUGGAAGACGCCGACGGAUUGCCCUACACCUUAGAUUUCCUUGUCCUUGAGGAGCUCGACUUCAUGCAGGCGUGUCUUCGGGCGCCGCCAGUACGAUCUGAGCUCGAGCAGCAACUUCAAAAUCAACAGGGGGCUGAGGGUUCGUGGGUCACUGAGGUCAUGAAGCUAGCUGUUGCCUAUGCCCAAAUCACUACGGAAGAGGAGGGUCUCUGGAAUGUAGAUGUGAACAUCUUCCUCUCUGAAGAGACCAGUGUCACGGCGAAUUAUACCCCUCGGACGGCUUGUGGAGACCUCGUUAUCAAACUUGGCGAAUGGCUUACUCAGCCAACCGUUGAAGGGCUUCUCUCCUACACUCGCUCUCUGUACUCAACAACACCCAGUUGGAAAGCUAAGGAGGCCGCAUUGUACAUUCUAAACCAACUCCUCGGGGAUUUCCAAGAUGUCGACAAGCAAAUUGGGCCAGAUGCAGCCAAGGGAUUUAUCGAUUUUAUCCGCUAUGCGAUGCAACAACCUGAUGUCUUCCUCAGGGCACGCGGACAUCUAGUCGCGGGGAGCCUCACGAGAACUUCUGGUGGAGCUCUUCAAGAGGUGGCGACUUCUUUCCUCGAGGCUUGUUUGCACGCGAUUCCUAACGACGACUCUGAUGUGGUUCAAGUCUCCUGUAUCCGCGCUCUCCAGUACUACCUUCAGGCUCUUCCCUCGACAAUCACACAACCUCUCCAGAAUUCCAUCAUCACAGCAAUUUCAACAUAUCUCCAAGGUCAGGACAUGCAAGAACUCGCGGAGAGUGACGACUUGAUGGUUACAUUGGUUGAAACGCUCCGAGACGCCAUUCUUCUUGACAUAAGAAUAUGUCUCACGGGUACUGGUCUGGAUCUACUAUUCACGGUUGCAAGUCACGGCGCGAAUAACUUCCAAUUAACAAUGCUGGUCAAUGAAACUUUCGAGGAUGUUACAAGUCAGAUUGCUGCGCUUGGUGGUGAUGCAUACAUCAAUCUGUGCGCCAAGGUUCUUCCAUCUCUAACCGGAGCAUUCGACAUUGGUAACAUGACGGAGGAGAAUGCGUUGACUAAUCUUGCGGCUGAGCUCCUCUCUGUCCUUGCCGAACAUGGCUCUGAGCCGCUUCCGAACGGGUUCGUUCAAGCCACUAUGCCAAAACUCAACCGCCUUCUUCUCGGCUCUUCGGACGACGAGCUCCUCAAGUCUGCUACUAUGGCCGUCAAGAAUAUCAUUGCGCACGAUCAUCAGCAGCUCUUCGAAUGGCGCGACGAAACUGGCAAGGGUGGUCUUGAAGUUGUUCUCGUCAUCAUCGAUCGUCUGCUAUCAGCUAGCGUCAGCGAUACUGCUGCCGGCGAAGUCGGAGCACUUGCUGCUGAAGUUGUCGAGAAGGCGGGUGGCGAGCGACUAGGCCCAUACCUUCCGCAACUACUGAGGGCCGUGGCUGUGCGGCUCGGUAGUGCUACACACGCAGCUUUCAUCCAGAGCUUAACGCUGGUGUUCGCGAGACUAAGUCUUGCUAAUGCCGGCGAAGUUGUGGACUUUCUGUCACAGUUGGACUUGGAUGGCGUGAACGGAUUGCAGGUAGUGCUGUCGAAGUGGCUAGAGAACUCAAUCAACUUCGCCGGUUAUGACGAGAUACGACAGAACGUAAUUGCCCUCUCAAAACUUUACGAUCUAAAAGAUCCACGCCUAUCCCACAUCCAAGUCAAAGGAGACCUCAUCGUCCCCCAAGACGGCCGCAUCAUGACCCGCAGCCGCGCACGAGCAAAUCCGGAUCAGUAUACUGUUGUCCCCUCACCGCUCAAGAUCCUCAAGGUCUUGAUCGUGGAGUUGUCCGGCGCGAGUGGGUCGAAUCGUCAAAUCGAUGCUGCUGCUGCUGCGGCGGCGGCGGAGUUUGCGGACGAGGGGAGUGAUGAUGGGGAUUGGGAAGAUGAACCGAAUCCGUUCGAGGAUUUAAGCUCAGCGAUGAGUAAGGAACAGCUCAUGGCUUUUGCAAAUGAUGAACCGGGAAUGAGCAGACAGCAGGAUAAUGAGACGCAGGCUUUCCUAGUCGACUUUUUCGGGAGGGCGGCACAGACAGAGGGGUUUAGGGAGGAGUAUGAAGCGUUGACGCUAGAGGAACAGCAGAGGUUGAGGGAUAUGUCAUAGUGCGUGAUAGACUGAGGACUGCGCCGUGAUGUGGUUUAUAACGGUUCAGGAUACGAAUGAAUACUGGCUGUGGAUGGUGGCCGGAAAUAUGGGGAUGGUUUUCUAAGCAUGUGGCGAAUAGACGGGACGACAGCAUAGCAUGGUAUGGGAUGGUAUGUGGCGGACUCUUCAUCCCGGGUGGCGAAAUUUCGAGUUUAUCAGUAUGGCUUGAAGAAUAUAUAAAUGCGGACCUCUAAGGAGGCUUCCCUUAAGGAAGUCUGCGAUCACCUUAAGUAUAUAGUCUUAAUCUCCUACCUCUUGUAACG